UCUAAUACCUUCGAGCAUUCCAAAGUUGGACAUCAGAAUGCAGAUAACAAAAUUGGGAAGAAGUCAGUGGAACUUCAGGGUGCUAAGCAAGAAUUUGCGCAAAACCCUGCAUUGAAACUAGUCACUGUUAAAGAGGAGAGUGAGGAUGAGAUCAAGAGUACUGAUUCAAGUACAACUCUAUCUUGUGGAACAGUCAAAAGUGGUAGUGUUGGUAACAUAAAGUUGCAGGAUAUUUUUGUGGAGGAGAAUCUACAGAAACAACUGAUGAAGAUCGAUUAAUAGAACCUUCAGAAUCAGUGUCUUCAAAAUCUGUUAUCAAUCACCAAUUAUCUCAGACUAUGAGAACAGAUUUAAUUAUGGUUCACCUACUUCGCCUUGUUUGCGCACCCAAAGGGCCUCUAGGUGAUGCUUUGCUGCAAAUCACAUCAGAGCUGUACAACCUAGGGAUCGUAUCUGAGCAUGUGCGUGAUCUGACAAUUGAACCAUCUCCAGUUUUUGAGAAGGCUUUUAAUCAUGUUUUCGCUCAGCAUAGGGUCUCAUCAAAGAUCUCUCAGUUUUGGAGAACUGCUUCUGAUUUUGAAGGACAGAAUUCUUCAUCCACGUCAAGUUCCCGUUAUCUAAGUGAUUUUGAGGAACUCCAGCCCCUUGGUCAUGGAGGAUUUGGUCAUGUUGUGCUGUGUAAAAAUAAGAUAGAUGGCAGGCAAUAUGCUGUCAAGAAAAUACGCUUGAAGGACAAGAGCCUGCCUAUAAAUGAUCGCAUAUUGAGGGAAGUUGCUACUCUGUCACGGUUGCAGCAUCAACAUGUUGUGCGUUACUACCAGGCAUGGUUUGAAACAGGAAUUGCUGGUUCUUUUGAUGCAACCCAGGGCUCAAAAGCCACCAUGAGCUCCACUUUCAGCUACAUGGAUGGAAGCUCAUCUGAUAUUUUUGGGCUGGAAACUAAGCUUGAUUCGACUUACUUGUACAUUCAAAUGGAAUACUGCCCCAGGACACUGCACCAAAUGUUCGAACCGUAUAAUCAAUUUGAUAAGGAGCUUGCCUGGCAUCUGUUUCGCCAAAUUGUUGAAGGCCUGGCACACAUACAUGGCCAAGGAAUAAUUCAUCGUGACUUGACUCCUAAUAACAUCUUUUUGAUGCUCGCAAUGACAUUAAAAUUGGAGAUUUUGGUCUUGCCAAGUUCUUGAAGUUGGAGCAAGUGGAGCAGGAUGUUGAUGCCACAGAAACAGUUGGAGUUUCAGUUGAUGGUACUGGCCAAGUUGGCACAUAUUUCUACACUGCACCUGAAAUAGAGCAAGGGUGGCCAAAGAUAAAUGAGAAGGCUGACAUGUAUAGUCUAGGAGUUGUAUUUUUCGAGCUCUGGCACCCUUUUGACACAGCAAUGGAAAGGCACAUUGUCCUUUCUGAUUUGAAACAGAAGGGAGAGCUUCCUUCUGCUUGGCUAGCUGAUUUCCCAGAACAGGCGUCUUUGUUAAGACUUCUGAUGUCACCAAGUCCAUCUGAACGUCCGUCAGCUACAGAACUUCUUCAACACGCUUUUCCUCCCCGAAUGGAAUAUGAGCUUUUGGAUAAUAUUCUCCGAACAAUUCAUACCUCUGAAGACACUGGUGUGUAUGACAAAAUUGUAAAUGCUAUUUUUGAUGAGGAGCUUUUGAGUACAAAGGAACAUGAGAGUGUUGAGAGAUUGAAAUUGCUUGGAGGUGAUAUCUCAUCUGUCCUAUUUUCGGAUGUUGAUACCAGUAACCGUGAUCAUGUAUUGGAGGUGGCUGCUGGAGUGUUUAGACAACAUUGUGCAAAGCAUCUAGAGGUUAUACCAAUGCACAUGUUGGCUGAUUCUCGACAGCUAAAUAGGAAUACUGUGAAACUUUUGACAAUGGAGGAG